AACGCAGCCGGCAGCAUGAACGUGGGCACGGCGCACAGCGAGGUGAACCCCAACACCCGGGUGAUGAACAGCAGGGGCAUGUGGCUAUCGUACAUCCUGGGCGUCGGCCUCCUGCACAUCAUCCUGCUCAGCAUCCCCUUCGCCAGCGUGCCCGUGGUCUGGACCCUCACCAGCCUCAUCCACAACCUGUGCAUGUACCUGCUCCUGCACACGGUCAAGGGGACGCCCUUCGAGACCCCCGACCAGGGCAAGGCACGCCUCCUCACGCACUGGGAGCAGAUGGACUACGGCGUCCAGUUUACCGCGUCGCGCAAGUUCCUCACCAUCACACCCAUUGUGCUGUAUAUUCUCACCAGCUUCUACACCAAAUACGACCGGGUCCAUUUUGUGGUCAACACGGUUUCCCUGCUCACGGUGCUCAUCCCCAAGCUGCCGCAGCUCCACGGCGUGAGGAUCUUUGGGAUUAAUAAGUACUGACAAGGCAGAAGAGGACACCUCCUUCCUCCAGUCCCCAGGGACCUGCUGAGAGCACGCAGAGGAUCAGGCCUCUGAUUUGGCCGCAGAUCCACGAGGAUCUGUUGCUCUUUGGCUCCGGACUCUGCCUGCCGACUCUAAAUGAAGCCCGCUGGGACGCUGCCAUGGCUCCAAACCCCGGGAAAGAGACCAGGCUCUUUACAGAGAGAGGAGAAAGGGAAAGUGUACUGUUGAGGCCUGUCGCCUUUUUACAAGUUUUCCACAGACACUUUAAAGGCAUUUGUAAAGAGGAAUUAUAUAUUACAUCAUGUCCGUUUGUGUAGAGAUGCCAGUUUUUAGAAGUUAGAGGAAGAAGUAGUUGCACUGAUAUUGUGCCAUUUUCAAUCAGCACCUUAGACAGUACUCUUAGUUUUCUUUUAGCUAAUGCUACACUUCUGUGUUUAUUCAGCUUCUCUCCCAUGUUGAGCUUCCUCUCUCUCGAGGCUUCUGGGCUCAAGUAGCGACAGCGUCACGACGUGGUGAGGGAACUGUGAACGACUUCAGAGUCCAGACACCAGAAGCCACCCAGCGUUUUACAUUUAGCCCUCGCUGCUCCGCUCAGGGUCAAAGGAGUUAAGUUGAGCAACUCUUAUUUUAUCUGACUGUGUCCAUAUUUGGACUCCACUUGUCCCGGUUUGAGUCGUCUGGUCUAAGAGCAGAAGAAAUGCACGAGAGCUCUGCGCUGAUCCAACAUAACCAAAGAUUCUGCCGUCUGAGGGAAGGGUCACGUUUUCCUGUCAUUGCUUUGCUCAUAGUUAGAUUUUAUAUGGGGACACAUGCCUACAACUGCUCUGUGACAGCACUCAGGUCCCAUUACAUCGACAUGAUCGUUGUAUUUCUGCAUUUAAAUGAUAAGUUACCAGUUUAUUAGGUACACACAAGCAGUCCUAAGUACUGUGCAGCUGUCAAUCAUGAAAGGUUCAAGUGUUUUUAAUAUUGUCUUCAAACCUAUUUAGUGUCAAAUAUUUGACGUAGCUCUUAAAAAUGAAAUAUUGUCUAUAUCCUUCAUGAAAAUGUUUAAAUGGACAAUUUAAAGCUACAUCAAUCUACUUAUUAGCCACUAGGGGGCACUAAGCUCUCAGUAAAGCUGUGAACCACAAACCAUAUAAAGAUGGACGACUUGACAGUGAAGCCAAAGCAUCUAGAUUUCCUCCUGGUGGCUGGCUGCAGUAUAGGUCAUAAAUAAAGUUAUUUUUGAGGUUUUCAUUAUAAACGCCACCUCCUCCAUGUAAGUGGAGGGGACAUGAACCAAACUAAAAAGUAAAAUUCACAUCAAAUCAUUUUUAUCCAGGAUAGUUUCUGUUAUUGGUUCUUAUCACAUUGAUGAAUGUUUAAUUAGAGUGUAAUCACUUUUUUGGACAGCUGAAGUGUCCAUGAACCAUUUCCUCCUGACAAGUCUCCUCUGGAAUUGUUCUAUAAUGUGAAGUAAUGAUUUUAACAUGUAGGAUGUGACUUGCUGGUUUAACAGGGUUUUGAUUUUAUUUAUUCAAAACAGGCAAAUCUCCAGAUAAACACGU